AUGGGGGACCAUGGCAAUGCGGGUCCACCGCAUUUGCUAUCACUGAAAGUCAUGCGGCUGUCGCGGCCGGCGUUCGUGCAAACAAACCCGAUACCUUUCGAUGAUUCCGAUCCAAGUCUUCCCGGCCAUCCCGGCUUGGCGGACCUAUUACACCUCGACUCACCAGUAGCUCAAACACCCACGCGAUCUCAACAAGCCCCGGACAGUGUCAACCUCCGCGACUUUGGCCUCAGCGACCUCCUCGCCCUCCCGCCCUCCUUCGGAAACAUCUACCUCGGCGAAACCUUCUCCAGCUACCUCUGCAUCAACAACGAAAGCCAGGCCGCCACGCAGGAUGUCGGGAUUAAAGCUGAGCUGCAGACGGGGUCCCAGCGGUUCACGCUCACCGAUACCGUCGCGAGCACGACGCCCCGAGCGAGCAUCUCGUUGACGGACCGGAGUGGAACCAGCACACCCACGCGUGUGCCACUUCUGCCCACCCAAUCGGCGGAGUUUGUGAUCCAGCACGAGAUCAAGGAGCUGGGCGUGCAUAUCCUGGUGUGCUCGGUGCACUACUCGACGCCGGCGGGGGAGAAGCGGUUCUUUCGCAAGUUUUACAAAUUUCAGGUGUUGAACCCGUUGGCGGUCAAGACGAAGGUCAACUCGCUGCCGGAUGGGAAGGUGUUCCUCGAGGCGCAGGUACAGAAUAUGGCCGCCGAGCCCAUGUUCUUGGAACGGAUGCGGUUCGAUCCGUCGGAUUUGUUCGUUUACACGGACCUCAACUCCAUAAUACCCCGCGGGAGCGAGUCUGACUCUUCCUCACCAACAACAUUGACACACGUAUCGCCAUCAGAACCAUUAGGCGUCCUCAACACCAACAUCACCCGUCCAAACCCCACCCCCGCCAACCCCGCCCAAACCGUGGGCGCCACCGAAGAAGGCUCCAUCUACCUCAACCCGCAGGACAUCCGCCAAUACCUCUAUAUGCUCAACCCCAAAAAACCGCACGAUCCCGUCGCCCGCACAUCGCCCACACUCGGCAAACUCGAUAUCAUGUGGCGGACCCAUCUUGGCCAGACCGGCCGUUUACAAACAUCUCAACUCAGCCGGAAAGUGCCACCCACAGACCCUUACGAGAUGGCUGUUGUCAGCGUCCCGGACCGUAUCGUCGCGGAACAGCCUUUCAGCAUGACCUGCCGCGUGUACAACAACCUCGUCUCAGAAACACUCCGCCUCACCCUAUCGGGCAUCAAAGCGAACAUGAGCAGUAUCCUCCUCAUGGGCGCAAGCGAACGCGCAUUUGGGAACGUGCCGCCGUUGGAGCAUGUCGAUGUGACGUUGCAGUUUUUCCCGCUGCUGGCUGGGCUGCAUAAGGUGUCGGGGUUCAGGUUGAGCGAGAUGGUGUCCGGGACGAGUAAGGACAUUAAUCAUCUUACGGAUUUGUUUGUGUGGCCCUGA